AUGGCUCGGCGCGGCUGGCUGCGGGCGCCCCUCAGCCGCGGCGGCGGCGGCGGCGGUGGCCCCGGGGCCCGCCGGCUCAUGCGGCCGCUCUGGUUGCUCCUCGCAGUGGGCGUCUUUGGCUGGGCCGGGGCUUCGGACGGCGCCGGCGGAGCGGCGAGAGCCAUGGACGAGGAGAUCGUGUCCGAGAAGCAAGCCGAGGAGAGCCACCGGCAGGACAGCGCCAACCUGCUCAUCUUCAUCCUGCUGCUCACCCUCACCAUCCUCACGAUCUGGCUCUUCAAGCACCGCCGGGCCCGCUUCCUGCAUGAAACCGGCCUGGCUAUGAUUUAUGGUCUUUUGGUGGGCCUUGUGCUUCGAUAUGGCAUUCAUGUUCCAAGUGAUGUAAAUAAUGUGACCCUGAGCUGUGAAGUGCAGUCAAGCCCAACUACCUUAUUGGUAAAUGUUAGUGGAAAAUUUUAUGAAUAUACACUUAAAGGAGAGAUUAGUUCACACGAACUCAAUAACGUUCAAGAUAAUGAAAUGCUUAGAAAGGUUACCUUUGAUCCGGAAGUAUUUUUCAACAUAUUACUUCCUCCUAUCAUAUUUUAUGCAGGAUAUAGUCUGAAAAGAAGACAUUUCUUUCGAAACCUUGGGUCUAUCUUAGCAUAUGCUUUUCUUGGAACAGCAAUUUCUUGUUUUGUAAUUGGGUCAAUAAUGUAUGGCUGUGUCACACUGAUGAAAGUAACUGGACAGCUUGCAGGAGAUUUUUACUUUACAGACUGUCUGCUGUUUGGUGCCAUUGUAUCAGCAACUGACCCAGUGACUGUCCUUGCCAUAUUCCAUGAGCUUCAAGUGGAUGUUGAACUCUAUGCACUUCUUUUUGGGGAGAGUGUCCUCAACGAUGCUGUUGCCAUAGUGCUGUCUUCCUCAAUAGUGGCAUACCAGCCAGCUGGGGACAACAGCCACACCUUUGAUGUCACAGCCAUGUUCAAGUCUAUUGGGAUUUUCCUUGGGAUCUUCAGUGGAUCUUUCGCAAUGGGUGCUGCAACGGGUGUGGUGACAGCUUUAGUGACAAAGUUCACCAAAUUACGGGAGUUCCAGCUGUUGGAGACAGGCUUGUUCUUCCUGAUGUCCUGGAGUACCUUCCUCUUGGCUGAAGCAUGGGGCUUCACAGGUGUGGUUGCAGUGUUGUUUUGCGGCAUCACACAGGCCCAUUAUACAUACAAUAAUCUGUCCACAGAGUCUCAGCAUAGAACUAAACAGUUGUUUGAGCUUCUCAAUUUCUUGGCAGAGAAUUUCAUCUUCUCCUACAUGGGACUGACACUGUUCACCUUCCAGAACCAUGUCUUUAACCCAACAUUUGUAGUAGGCGCAUUUAUUGCUAUUUUCUUGGGAAGAGCUGCUAAUAUUUACCCCUUGUCCCUCUUACUUAAUUUGGGUAGAAGAAGUAAGAUUGGAUCAAAUUUUCAGCACAUGAUGAUGUUUGCUGGCCUCCGUGGCGCAAUGGCAUUCGCCUUGGCCAUCCGAGAUACUGCCACUUACGCACGGCAAAUGAUGUUCAGCACCACACUUCUGAUUGUGUUUUUUACCGUGUGGGUAUUUGGCGGUGGCACCACUGCCAUGCUCUCGUGCUUGCAUAUAAGGGUUGGUGUUGAUUCGGACCAAGAACACUUGGGUAUUCCUGAAAAUGAGAGAAGAACCACCAAAGCAGAGAGUGCCUGGCUUUUCCGGAUAUGGUACAACUUUGACCAUAACUAUCUGAAGCCCCUGCUGACGCACAGUGGACCUCCACUCACUACAACGCUCCCUGCCUGCUGCGGGCCCAUCGCCAGAUGCCUGACCAGCCCCCAAGCUUAUGAAAACCAGGAGCAACUGAAAGACGAUGACUCCGAUCUUAUUCUCAAUGAUGGCGAUAUUAGUUUGACAUAUGGGGAUUCUACUGUGAACACCGAAUCAGGAGCAUCCGGUGCCCCUAGGAGGUUUAUGGGAAACAGUUCUGAAGAUGCCUUGGAUCGGGAGCUUGCAUUUGGGGACCACGAACUGGUCAUUCGGGGAACACGCCUGGUUCUUCCUAUGGAUGAUUCUGAACCCCCAUUAAAUUUGUUAGAUAAUACGAGACACAGUCCAGCCUAAGCUUACUAAUGCUCACUUAGUGAUUUGUAAAAUUUGCACAUGUGAUUGUGAAGAAAUUUGUACUACCUAAAAAGUCCCAGUGCAUGUCUCUGAAUGUUUAAGCUAUAUAAAUGCUCUUUAUAUGGCAUCGAGAGAAUAUAAAUAUCCUGUACAAGGCAGAUUGUGAACAAACUAUUCUUUUACGUUUCAUUGGCUGCACUGUGUAGAUUGGAUCUGUUUUAGAAAAAAGUUAUUUUCACAGUGAUGUUGUGUGUUCCGUUAGCUUUAUGUCUCAGUUAAAGUAUACAAAGUGACAGAUUUACUCUUUCUUACACUUACCUGAUACUUAACCAGAGUACCAAGUUCUUGUGCCGUGAAUUAAUUUUGUU